CAUACUCUAUUGCAACCUGAACUUUGCCUUACAACACUCUAUCUUUCCUUUUUAUCACUUAAGGAUACUCCAAUGGAAAUGUUAAUAGUUGGCCAGACAUAAAGUAAGAUAUAACUUAAUAUUUUGGUUCUAUACUUCAUGUUUUUUUCAAACUUUAUUCUUAAACCAUGAUCAAGUUAAUGUUUAAUGGUUUCUCCACAUACUUGAAAUAGUAUGCGGAAAGUAAAUUACUUAUUAUAACAUUUUGCUAUCUUGGAUGUUCUUUCCAUGCAUGAAUCUUAAUGAUGAAUCAAACAAAAGUUUGGCCAUCUCUAGGUAGUUCUUAACUUUACACUACCUAUCGUGAAAUAACUUUUCAUCCCUUUUCCUUAUCAUUUCAUUGCCUGUUGUAAUAGCUUAAUCUGCAUUGUUCUUAUUGCAGCUUUUAGUGUAGAAAGAGUUUCAUUAUUUUGGCCUUUCCAAUAGCAGGCCACCUUCUAUUUUCAUAUUUCCUUGCUGUAUGAUGCUUCAAUACAUGUAUUGCCAGUUUCUAAAGUAAUCAUGUAUUGCCACUGAUAUCUUUGGAAUGUGUGAAUAUUUUAUUUUUACACUCCUCAAUGUCUUUAUUCAUAUCCUUUACGUGUUUGUACAGAAAAAGGUUAAAACUCACUCUUCUUUACUAUAUACAACAUCCAUUGCUCUAUCAUAUCCAUUCCAAAUAUCUAUUCAAAAUCAAUGGUCAACUUCUUUUAAAUGUUUCGUCCUAUCACUGAAAGAUGCCCAAAUACUCAGGACACACAAUCUUUUUCCAUUUCGUGAUACCCCUGCUGUUUCAUGCUUCAAUAGAUGUAUUGUCAGCUACCAUAUUUGUGCAUAAAUAUGAUAACAUGAUAAAUUACUUAUUAUAACAUUUUGCUGUCCUUAUUUUUUGGUAUAUCAUGAUACAAUAUCUUUUUAAAAAAUUGUUGUUAAAAGUUAUAAAUCUUUUUCUUUGCUUAACCAAAAUACUUGCUUAUUUCCUUUAAUUUCCAAUAUUGAUUUAUAUUUCUUUUCAUGGCUCACAAAGUCGAGACAUGAUGAAUUGUCUUUUAAAAGGAGAUUCUGCUGUGGAUGCUUGGACAACAUAUCAGUCAUAUAAGUAUGCUGUUAUUUUUAAACUGCCUGGAUGACAUAUUUGGCAGUCAAAGUCAAUAAUUCUCUGCUCAGUAUGUUUUUGUCAUCAUGUGGAAAGGGCAAUGUUUACCAGGUUUAUUGGAUGAUGAUAGGGAGUACAUCAAUGCAAUUAGGGAGGCUUCAGUUUGGGCUUCGGGAGUUCAGUUGAGAAGGAUGUUUGUCACUAUGCUACUUUGCUCAUGCUUGAGUCGGCCGGAUUUUGUAUGGAGUAAUACUUCUGAGAUAUUGUCUGAAGAUUUAUUAUACAUCCCACGAAAUGAUCCAACCUUGUCAGAUAUUAAUGUGCCACUGGUUGCAAAGGAAGAAGCUGCACUUCGUGAGAUUGAUUCACUUCUUCAUAGUAAUGGCAAGUCAUUGCAAGAUUUUUCGUCACUUCCAUUGAAUUAA